CGGCGUCGGGCGACGCGUCGGUAUUUGAGCCGCGGCCCCGCGUGCAGUUUCAGUGCGCGCUCGCGUCGAGUUGGCGAGGCGCAGAUUUGGGCCACAUUCGGGGCCCGGAUCCCCGCGCGCAUUCACGCAUUAAAACCGUGCGCCUUUAUUAUAAGUGUGUGCAAUCACGUAAUUUGGUGACGUGCGAGACGCGGGCCAGCGUGUAUAAAUAUUAAUUUAGACUAAGAGACCAACGACACAAUUCCGUCGGCGCGGGGCACGCGCGGUUAUCUCCGGUACUGUCCAGGGCGAGCGGUGUGGGGGGGGGGGUGCUUUUCGUCAUAAGUUCAUUUCAAAAUCUUACGAGCGAGCUCUGGAAAUGAGUUACAUAACGGCAAUUUCUCCCGGUCCUUUGUACGUAACGCAUUUUAAUUUAUUGACGGCGGCGCAGUCGUGUCCGCCCGCCUGUUCGUUCCGAAUAGAGCGAGGCCGCCUCAUUACUGGCCGAUAGCGGCAUCCCAGCCUCCGUCGGAAUAGCGGCUUUCAUCCGUAGUCCCGGUGCUGUAACACAUCUGUACUUAUACCGCGGACACACGGGCCACUCCUCAGAAGCCUCUUUAACAUUCACGAGCCGAAAUAUUCUGUUCUCCCGGCCGAGGUCUCUGUGGAAAAUUAGCUGCUGGCGCGCCGCGCCAUCGGACACAAACUUCAAGUCGCCGCGCGGUUGGCAGCCGCGGCGUCGCGGGGCGCGAUCCGGAGCCGCUGUGCCCGGGGAUUCUUCGACCGGGGGACCCGCUCACUCCUCACUCACUCACGCCGCUCGCUUACCAAAGAAGGAAGAUGAAGAGAAAAGAGUCCCUGAUCAGCCGGAUGAAAUGAAAUCCCCGGGAACACGUUGCCAUGGAAGCGUGUGACUCCCCCAGCGUCUCGGGGCACGAGGAUGGGCUGCCCGCUCCCUCGCUGUUGUACGAGCAGACGGCCGUGCUCGCCGCCGAAGCCCUGGACGCCUCCUCUUCCCCCCUCUCUGAGGCUCGUGCCGCCGGCAGCGAGGCCCAGCGGCUGAGCGAUCCCUCGCUGCUCCGCGGCCUCGCCGCGCCCUGCCACGGCUCCGGGCCCCUACCCGACGCGGCCGCUGCUGCUUCUUCCACCUUUGUUUCCUCUGCCAAAGAUAUCCGCUGUAAGCAAUGCUCCACCUCAUUCCCGAGUUUACAGUCGUACAUGGAGCACCACUGCCCCGGCGCGUUCCCCCCCCUGCUGCGCGACGAGGAGAGCGAGGUGAGCGAGGCCGAGGACGACAGCGACGUGGAGAACCUGACGGGUGACAUCGUCUACCACCCCGACGGUUCGGCCUAUAUCGUCGAGAAGGACAAGGAGCUCUGCAAGGGGGGGGAGGGCGGCGGCGGCGGCGGCGGCGCCGGGGGCGCGUUCCAGCAAGCUUUAAACGUGAACUCGAAGGCCAGAGACUCGGCGCACCCGCAGAUUGUGAGCACCUUUCACAUCGCGUCGUCGCUGGCGCGGCGGUUCAGCGUGGACCAGGCGACGUUCCCAAAUACCUCAGUGCUGGUGCCGGGGCUCGGCCCCGUGCUGCACAGCUUCCGCGUCUUCGACGUCCGGCACAAGGACGAAGCGGACGAGUAUCUCAACAGCGACGGCUCAGCCAAAAACUCCUGCACAGCCAAAGAUGUUCCCACCACCUCCGUAGACCUCACCAAAUUCGACGGCUGCGCCCUGUACGGCAAGCGGAAGCCCAUCCUCAUGUGCUUCCUGUGCAAGCUGUCCUUCGGCUACGUGCGCUCCUUCGCGACGCACGCCGCCCACGACCACCAAAUGACGCUCAUCGACGAGGAGCGGAGGCUGCUUGCCAGCAAGAACGUGUCGGCCAUCAUCCAGGGCAUAGGCAAGGACAGGGAGCCCCUGAUCAGCUUUCUAGAACCAAAAACUGCAAGCUUUCAACAGGCGACGAUAACCUCAACGGCAAACCUCGAAGGUCCAAGACCAAAUUUUUAUGGCGUGUUCAGCGGCGUCCACGUGCCCGGCAUGGAGGGCCUGCAGGCCGGCCAGUGCUUGGCGAAGGGAAGUGGUAAGUGCAAUCCAAAGAUGACGGAGCAGACCGCCCCUCCUGCGAAGCAGCAGUGGGGGUCGAACGCUCUGAUGAACCUUGGGGGUUUGGUAAAAUUCUCGCGGGGCCAGACCGCUCCCUCGGCGUCGCUGGGGCAGCUGGGCGGCGCCGAUGCUGUCGCCGGGGAGGAGGGCGAGGAGAAGCCCGCCGACGGACCCGCGGCGGCGGCAGCCAAAGUCCCCAUCAAGUCCGAGCCCACGGACGUGGAGGAAGAAGAAUUCGGCGACGAGCUCUACGCCAACGAGUUUGACGAGGACGACGGCGACGACGACAGCGGCGACGGCGCUCGCCUCGGGCUGUGGGACAGCGCGAGCAGCAACGAACUCUCGAGUCUUACAAACCAAAGCAUUUCUCAAACUUCUUUCCUGCCUCAAGCGCUCAACUCCUCUCCAAAGGGUCCCUCGUUUAACUCCUUAUCGAUUCUCUCUGAUAACGCCGCGGGCAGCUCGGAGCUGAACGCGGAAUACGCCGCUCAAAAGCGCGGCGACUUCUCUGACGGCAAGGCCGACGGGUUGCCCGACGGCGCCCUGAGAGACACCGACGUCGACCAGGGCGAGGUGGCCACGGCGGUCGAGAUGGCGCUGUGUCGGCCUCACCGGAUGCUGGGGUCGACACCGCCCUGCCUGGCGAGGGAGGGCGACUACACCCCAGAGAGCGACCGCGAGUCGCCGAAAUGCGACUUCCUCCUGAGCCACACGGCGCUUGCGCUCGGGGGACACCUGUCGGCGGCCAUGCAGUCGCGCAACUCCUGCAAGACGCUCAAGUGCCCCAAGUGCAACUGGCACUACAAGUACCAGCAGACGCUAGAGGCCCACAUGAAGGAGAAGCACCCCGAGCCGGGCGACGUUUGCAACUUCUGCACGUCGGGGCAGGCGCACCCGCGGUUGGCGCGCGGCGAGAGCUACACGUGUGGCUACAAGCCCUUCCGCUGCGACGUCUGCAACUACUCCACCACCACCAAGGGCAACCUGAGCAUCCACAUGCAGUCCGACAAGCACCUCAACAACAUGCAGAGCUUGCAGAACGGCGGGCCCGUCUCGGCCGACCAGGCCGCGUACGGGCACCACCUGCCGAGCACGGCGCCGGGCGGCCUGGGCCUCGGCCUGGGCGUCGGCGGCGGAGGCGGCGGAGGGGGCGGCAACAACGGGAUCGGCGCGGGCCCCCCGUCGGCGGUGGCGGCGGCGGCGGCACCCAAGGCCCGGCCGCAGCAGCAGAAGCCCGUGUGGCGCUGCGAGGUGUGCGACUACGAGACAAACGUGGCGCGCAACCUCCGCAUCCACAUGACGAGCGAGAAGCACGCGCACAACCUGCUGCUGCUGCAGCAGAGCAUGAAGACGCUGCAGCACCACCACCACCACCAGCAGCAACAGCAGCAGCAACAGCAGCAGCACGGGCUGCAGCAGCUGGGGCUGGCGGGGCUGGCGGGCGGCAUGCUGAGCACACCCACUGAGGCGGAGCUCUACCAGUACUACCUGGCGGCGGCGGUGGCGGCGGCGUCGCACGGGGCCGGCGUCCCCGAGCGCCUCAAGCUGGAGGGGGGGCUGAGCGAUGCGCAGCAACAGCAGCUGCUGCUCUCCGGCUUCCAGAUCGACCCCAACUCGACGGGUGGCGCCCUCGCGCCCACGCUGGGCGGGGAACUGCCGUUGGACAUGAGGCUGGCGGGGCCGCGGCUCCUCGCCGACGACGGCACGAGCGCCGCGCUGCUGGGCGGCGCCGCCAGUGGUGGGGAGCCAUCGGGCGCCGACAACCCGGCGCUGAAGCUGUUCCUGUGCGGCGUGUGCAACGCCUUCAGCACCGACGGCCUCGAGGCGCUGGCGGCACAUGCCUCGGCCGAGCGCCGCCUGCCCGAGGAGGAGUGGAAGGGCACCGCCGGCGACGGCGCCCACGCCUGCCGCCUGUGCCAGUACAGCACGCCGCUGCGCGCCAACUUCCAGCUGCACUGCAAGACCGACAAGCACGUGGCUAAGUACCAGCUGGUGGCGCACCUCCGCGAGGGCGGCCACGCCAACCAGUGGCGGCUCAAGUGCGCGGCGCUCGGCAGCCCCGUGCAGCUCAAGUGCAAUGCCUGCGACUACUACACCAACAGCCUGGAGAAGCUGGGGCUGCACGUGACGGGCCAGCGGCACGAGGCCAGCCUGCGCCUCUACAAGCACCUGCAGAAGCAGGAGGCCUCGUCGCCGGUGGAGGGCUGCCUGUUCGUGUGCACGCUCUGCGACUUCUCCACGCACGCCAAGCUCGCUUUGCUGCAGCACGCGCGCUCGCUGCGCCACCAGCAGAGCGAGGGCCUGCGCCGACUGCAGCAGCUCCACCGAGGCCUGGCGCAGGAGGCCGCGGGGGCCGGCGGGGUCACGGCCGCCGGACUGGGGGUGGCGGGCGGGGAGGACGAGCUGGCGCAGAUCUUCUGCGUGCGCGAGGCGCCACAGCCACAGAGUGGCGAGCCGGGCGAGGAGGCCGAGGGUGGCGCCGAGUUGGCCGGAAAUGACAAGUUCCUCGGCGUGGAUGGCAGCCUGGAGGAGCAGAAGGCCGGAGACAAGGACCUGGCCACGGGCUUUGCCGGGAAGGAGCAGCCGGGGAAAUCUCCCGUCGGGAAGCGCCCAUCGCUGCCAGAUGGCGCCGAGGACCCGGGUCCUGCAAAGAGGCCCAAACCCCUGGAGGACAAAACCCCGGCUCAUGAGCAGGUAUACCAGUGUCCCUACUGCACCUACUGCUGCGCCGACGGGAGCCGCAUCCAGAUGCACGUGGUGUCGCAGCACUCGGUGCAGCCGGCGCUGCGCUGUCCGCUCUGCCAGGAUGUGCUGAGCAGCAAGAUCCACCUGCAGCUGCACCUCACGCACCUGCACAGCGUCGCCGCCGACUGCGUCGACAAGCUCAUGGCCGUGGUCUCGGGGCCGGAGGUGAUGGUGCCGAGCAGCACGUACCUUUCGACGGCCGGAAAUGCGGUGACGGCGGCGACGACGGCGGCGACCGCGACGGCCACGGCCACCACCACGGCCGUUGCUUCCUUGGGAUCGUUGGCGGCGGUGCCGGUAUCCGAGAGGGACGGCAGGAUACCGGGGUCGGCGGUGCUCGAGAACCGGGCCAAGAUGGAAGAAAACUUGGACGACCCAGAGAAGCCCGGCACCUCUCAGGAGCGGCCGGAAGCCGGCGGGGCGCCACAGAGCUCGCAGAAGGGCUUCCUCUGCUGGAAGAAGGGCUGCAACCAGUACUUCCGCAAACCCAGUGCACUGCAAGCCCACUUCUCCGAGAUCCACGCCAAGCAGCGGCAGCAGCUGCCCGUGUCCGACCGCCACGUGUACAAGUACCGCUGCGGCCAGUGCAGCCUGGCGUUCAAGACGCCGGAGAGACUGCAGCUGCACUCGCAGUACCACGCAAUCCGCGCCGCCACCGUCUGCGCCCUCUGCCAGCGCAGCUUCCGCACCAUCGCGGCGCUCGGCAAGCACCUGGAGACGGGCCACCCCGAGUUGAGCGAGGCCGAGAUCCGGCAGCUGUGCGGCGGCCUGCAGGGCAACGGGGAGCUGCUGGCGCUGGAGGAGGGCCUGGGCAACGAAGACGAGGUGGCGCUGCUGGCGGAGCAUGACAGAGGGGACGAGUUUGAGAGCGACGCCGAGAGCAAGCAGAGCCCGACGGAGAACGAGAUGGGGGGCGGCCCGGACGACCCGUCGUCGGACUUGAAGCGCACGCUGCCCUUUCGCAAGGGCGCAAACUUUCCGAUGGAGAAGUUCCUGGAUCCCUCGCGGCCGUACAAGUGUACCGUCUGCAAGGAGUCGUUCACGCAAAAGAACAUCCUGCUCGUCCAUUACAACUCGGUGUCGCACCUCAACAGGCUGAAGAAGGCCCUGCAGGAGACAUCGAUCGCCAGCGCGCAAGCCGACUCGGCACCAAGCGGCAUCGACAACAAGCCGUACCGCUGCAGCACCUGCAACGUGGCCUACAGCCAGAGCUCCACGCUUGAAAUUCACAUGCGCUCCGUGCUGCACCAGACAAAGACGCGCGCCGCCCUGCAAGAGUCGUCGGUCGCGAACAGCGCGUGCGGCGCCACCGCGCACGCCGGCACCGGCGUCGCCGCCUGCAGCGGCAGCAACGGGAGUGGGAAGAAAUUAAACAGCGGCGGCGGAGGCGGUGGCAACAAGAGCGCCGGCAGCCCGUCGGCUGCGGAGAGUGGCGGCAGCGGUGGCGGCAAGGUCCCGGGCCGGGCGUCCACGAGCAAAACCCCCGAGCUCACGGCAGAACAGAAGCAGCAGCAGCAGCAGAAGAAGAAGGCGCUUAGCGACGCGAUUUCGAACCAGCAGGCGCUGGUUCAGGCACAGACGGAAGCGCUGGCUCAGGCACACGUGCAAGCGCAGUUCCAACAGGAGCUGCAGCAGGCGGCGUUCCUGCAGCCGCAGCUCUUCAACCAGGCGCUCUUCCCAAAUUUCCCCAUCACCGCCGAGGCGUUCAUGCAGCUGCAGCAGCAGCAAUUCUUCUUCCCCUUCGGCCUGGCCGGCACCGAUUUCCAGCUGCACCCAGAGAUGGCAUUCCCCGCGUCGAGCGCUCUGGCAAUGUCCAGCUCGGCGGCUUCGACACUUGGCGAGCUGAAGCAGCAGCAGCAACAGCAGCAGCAACAACAACAGCAGCAGCAGCAACAGCAGCAGCAGCUGCAGCAGCAACUUCAAAAGCAGCAACACAGGCUGGAGCAGCAGCUGCAGGUGUCCAUCCAAGCGGCUGAGAAGCAGAAAGAAAAUGAGGACUCAAAGAGUGGGGAGGCAGACGAGGAGGAGGAGGAGGCGGAUAACGACUCAUCGAUGGUGGACACGCAAACGAGUGGCGACAAUUCGGACGCUCAGAAGUCGGGACCGUCGGACCCGUCGCUGCUACCGCCGCGAAUCCCGGCCUACGCCAGGGGCAAUGCCACGAGGGCGCUGCUGGAGAACUUUGGCUUCGAGCUGGUGAUCCAGUAUAAUGAGAACCGGCAGAAGCCUCUCCGGAAGGACAAGAGCGUGAUCUGCGAAACACUGGGGAAGUUAGAAUGUGAAACGUGCGGCAAGCUCUUCUCGAAUCUGCUGAUCCUGAAGAGCCACCAAGAGCACGUGCACCAGCAGUUCCUGCCUUUCGAGGAGCUCGAGAAAUACUCGAAGCAGUACCGAGAGACCUACGACAAGAUUUACCCGAUACGCGCCCCGACGCCCGAGCUACCAGCUCUGCCCCCGCCUCCCCCUCCUCCUCCCCCUCCUCCUCCGCCGCCUCCUCCGCAGCCAGUCCAAAAGCUCGCCACCCCACCCGGCACGCCGCCGCAGCCACAGCCGCAGCCGCUGGCCCAGCAGCAGGCGCCCGUGCCGCAGCUGUCCAUGUCCAUGGAGUCGAUGCCCCUCCUCUCGCCGCUCAUGAUGCAGCCGAUGCAGCUGCAUUCGAUGGCAUCGCAGCUCGCGUCGCAGCUCAUGCCCAUGGACUCUCUCACCCCGGACCUGAUACAGCUGUACCAGCAGCACCAGCAGCAGCAGCAGCAGCAGCUUGACCCGGCGUUCCUGCUGCAGCAGCAGCAGAACAAGCGGCCGCGCACGCGCAUCACGGAGGAGCAGUUGAACAUCCUCCGAGCGUACUUCGACAUCAACAACUCGCCGGGCGACGAGCAGAUCCAGGAGAUGGCCGACAAGUCCGGCUUGCCGCAGAAGGUCAUAAAGCACUGGUUCCGCAACACGCUGUUCAAGGAGCGCCAGAGGAACAAGGACUCGCCGUACAACUUCAACAACCCGCCAUCGUCGAGCCACGACGAGAUCAAGCUCGAUUCGCAGCCCCCGACGCCCGAGUCGGUGCAGUCCGAGCCGUCGUCCAUGAGCAAGCGGUCGAGCCGCACGAGGUUCACCGACUACCAGCUGAAGGUGCUGCAGGACUUCUUCGACACGAACGCCUACCCGAAGGACGACGAGCUGGAGCAGCUGUCGAACCUGCUCAACCUGCCGACGCGCGUCAUCGUCGUGUGGUUCCAGAACGCCCGGCAGAAGGCGCGGAAAAGCUACGAGAGUCAGGUGGAAGGCAAGGAGGGGGGGGAGAAGAGGGAACUGCCGACCAACGAGCGCUACAUUCGGACAAGCAACCUCAACUACCAGUGCAAGAAGUGCAGCGUCGUCUUCCAGCGCAUAUUCGAUCUGAUCAACCACCAAAAGAAGCACUGCUACCGGGACGAGGAAGACAGCUUCACCCGCGAGGACAGCCAAACGGAGGACUCCAUGGACGCCACCGAUCAGGUCAUGUCCAACGACCUGCCGCCGUCUCUGUCGGCUCACGCGCAGGCCACCGGCCUCUGUAACUCGGAGAGAGAAGAAAGCAAGAAAACUAUUCCCAAAGUCGAGCCUAGGGAGGAAAAACCAAAGCAAGCUGACGCCGCUCCUGUGCCGCAGGAAAGCACUGCACAAACACAGCAGCAGCAACAGCAGCAGCAGCAAAAACCAAAACACGCACAACCUCAGCCGCAAUCUAGUCCCCAGAUGACUCGGCAGGUACCGCAGAGUCCGGUCCAGAGCAUGGUGACUCCUCAGCUGAACAAUCUGCCCGCCCAGCUUCUUCAUUACCAGUGCGACCAGUGCAAGGUCGCGUUCCCUUCCUUCAACUUGUGGCAGGAGCACCAACGCAUGCACUUUUUGUCGGCGCAGAACCCGUUCGUCCACCCGGCCGCGUUCCUCGACCGCUCCAUGGAGAUUCCCUUCCUGCUCUUCGACCCCGGCUCCAGCGCGCUCAUGUCAAGCCCCAUGCUCUCGGGGGCCCUGCCGCAGAUCCCCUCGCAGUCGACGCCAUCCCCGUCCACCCCCACGUCUGCCACGGGGCCACCCAAGCCCGAGGAGAAGGCGGGCGCCAGCAAGAGCGACACGGACGGCGGAGAGGAGCCGCACCGGGACAAGAGGCUGCGCACGACCAUCACGCCGGAGCAACUGGAGAUCCUCUAUCGCAAGUACAUGCUCGACUCGAACCCCACGCGCAAGAUGCUGGACCACAUCUCCAACGAGGUGGGCCUCAAGAAGCGCGUGGUGCAGGUGUGGUUCCAGAACACGCGCGCACGCGAGCGGAAGGGCCAGUUCCGCUCACUCGGCCCGGUGCAGGUGCACAGGCGCUGCCCUUUCUGCCGUGCCCUCUUCAAGGCGCAGACUGCCCUGGAAGCCCACAUCCGGUCCCGCCACUGGCACGAGGCCAGGCAGGCGGGCUACAGUAUUGUGCCGACAUCGCCCGGCGCCGGAGAGAAUCCGCACAAGGAUAACCCCUUCGAUCACGGCGACUUCUCCUUGUCGCUGUCCCACUUUAAUAGCUCCUUCGACCACGAGCAUCAGUCGAGUCUGAUGUCGCUGAUGAGUAAGUCGAUGGAGGUGCCCAGCCACGCUCUCCUGAGCCAAAUGUCCAACAAGAGCGAGACCUUCGACGUGGACAAUUCCUCGCUCGCCAACGAAACGUCGGCGGGCGCAGCCGAGCCUCCCGGCGGCGGUGGCGGCGGCGGCACUGACGACGAAACUCCCGCCGGAACCUCGGCGAACGUGAGCUACGAGCAGAGCAAACUGGACAACGAUGAUGCCUCCUCGGUGAACACCGCCAUCACCGACCACACGACCGGCGACGAGGCACACGGCGACAACGACGUCUCCAGCGGCACCGCCGCCACGCGCGCAGACGCGAAGGCACGGGGCGCGCGCGUGAAGAGCGAAGACUCGUUCCUGCCGCCACUCCCGGCGGCCGAGAGCAGCGACGGAAGGUCCUCGGAUGGGCUGGCGAGCCCCGGCUUGAGCGUGUCGACGCCGCGCGAUCACGACGUGCGCGACUACAACGAAACGUCGAGCUACACCGGCACUCGCACGCCCAGCCCCACGGGCAGCAUCGGCAUCUCGCUCCCGAAACUCGGGUCUCCGGAUGAGCGGCCCGGCCAGAAGAGGUUUCGAACCCAAA